CUGAUUGUCAUUCCUCCGAUGAAAGUUCCAACUUGGCAUUCAUUUCUUGUUUUCGACGGUGAAAAAGGAUAUCAGUUUUUCCCCGUUCUUUUCCACAGUGCGAAAUCUGUCCCGUCGGGAUCGAAACGGGACGGGGCCAGCGACCGCUCCCGUCCUCUCUCGGUGUGUGCGUGUGUGUGUUUGUGUGCGCGCUUGUGAGUGUGUAAAUUGUGUGCAAUCCCUUUUUUGUCCGUAAAGUAUCUGUGUACACACGAGCGGCGGGGUUGAGGUCAGUGUGUCGAACGAGAGGAGGAGGGCAGUCAGUAGUCAACAUCUCGCAACAAGAGUGGCAACAGUGAGCAGGAGGAGAGGAAAAGGUCGCAAAGUGUAUCGAAAAAGCUCUAUACCAACGACACCACAACGACUCCUGAGAAUGCAGCAUUUGGACAGUGUCUAACGAAACGAGAAAAACGUCGGGAUCUUUUCCUUCCCAAAUCGUGCGUGUUUCUGUGUGUAUGUUUUGUGUGUGUGUGUGUGUAACGUGGGAGACUCUGGAACACACGGGAAAAGGUCUGAUCGCUUUACGGGGACCCGUCCGUGCUGAAGAAUGGCGGAACAGUUUUCUGCCUCGACCGCUUUUACCAACAUGAACAACAACACGGACGGCUGGGGCGAUGAUUGGGGCGACUGGAGCGAAACGCCCGGCGAUCCGGGACAGCUGAAACCGAACGCCACCAUGCAGCCACCAGCUCCGAACGCUCCGCCGACUGCUUACUUUCAGCAGCAACAGCCGCAACACCAUCCAAAUCACCAUCAGCAGCAGCAGAUGAAUACAGCCGGACCGUUUAUGAACAGUGGAGCGAACCAUAUGGAUCAGAACAAUCGUAACUAUCUGCCAAACGUGAUGCCGCCGGGCAACAGCAGUGCCUACCAGCAACCGACGAUGCCGCCGAACGCGUACCCGCCCGCUAACUAUGGACCGGCGCAGCCGUCUGCGUACGGGCAGCAGGCAGCUAACUUUUUCAACGCUCCCCAGGCCGCUCCCCAGCGUCCACCGUCGCAUCCGGCACCGUCCACCACGCCGCAACUGAUACCGACCUUCAGCCAGACGAUUUCGGACAGCUUCGACACAGCGGCCGGUAACAGCUGGAACUGGACCGUGCCGGAACCGACGAAGCCGAGUGUGCCGGAGGCGCAGCUGGAGGCAAAAGUACCUCCGCAGCAACAGCCGGCAGCCCCGCAGCAGCAGCAGCAGUACGACCCGUUCCCUCAGCCAAGCAGCUUGCAGCUGCAGCGGCUGAAGGCGGAAACCCUGUCCCCGCAAUGGUCCAUCGAGAGCCAGGUGUCGUCUAGCGACCGAUCGACGCUCGAGAGUGACCCGAGCGGCGAUAGCAGGGGCCCACCACCAUCCCAAUCGACCACCGUGCUGCCUUCGGACGCGGAUGCGGGACAUCGCAACACGACGGACGGCAUGGAACAUGUCGACCGACAACAGCAACCGUACUCGGCAGCACCGGCCGGGUCCGUUCCCGACCGGCUAGAUGAGGUGCUGGAAGCGCUAAGCAUCAAGCAGGAACCGGCCGAGAGCAGUUACCGCGCGGAGCAAACGUUCCCGCCGCCUCCGCCCUCGAUCGUCGGUACUGCGGCGGCUGCCGGACCGCUCGUGAGCGACUCGCACGCAUCCAAGUCGUCAUCCACGACGCCACCGUUGCCGCCGCCACCGACGGAUAAUCCCACGGUAGCGCCACCGGUGUCCACCGGUCCUCCACCACCGUCUUCCAUGAUGUCCGGCCCGCCGCAAAUGGCCGUCGGCAGUAGCAGCGGACCGCCGAAAGCGAUGCAAAUUGCCGGUUCCAAUCCGUUUAAGCGUAAUGGGCCAAGAUCCCAUACGGCUACGCCGGGUUUGGGCGCAGGAACGUCGGCAGCAGCAGCAGCACCACCACCUGCACCCCCCGGUGGGACAUUCUUUUAUCAACAACAAACACAUCAGCCGCUGCUGCCGCAGCCAGCCCCGCCCAGCGUCGAGGAAGCGAACAAUAUCGAAUCGUUGACGCCGGAGAAUCAGGAAAUUCUGGUCGAAACACGGCCCGAGCAAGCGGUGGUAGAGAAUCAGGAAAUCGCCCCGAGCAACGAUCGCAACCAGUACCUCCAGACGGGCCACCUGUCCGAGGAUGGGUACGGUGUGGACGCAUCGCCGAGUGGUGGUAACGGGCGUGUCCACCUUGUAGCUGAAGCCGGCGCUGAAGCUGGCCACGGCGAUGUGAACGAUAGCCGCCUACCUCCGCCGGGACUGUCACGGUACGUGCCGGGACAGAACGAGCAGCAGCCGGAACCGCCGAUGCCGGUGCCGGUGGUGCAGCAGCAACCUAGCCCCGUCGCCGUGGGGCAAAGCUAUCCCGAACCACCGCCCGGGCUGGACCGAAUGGUACCGGGAAUGGAUCUGCAGAACGCGUCGGACCUUUCGCUCGAGCGCCAAGCGGACGGGGAGGUGUCGGACAGUACGUCGGCGGCACCAGCGGCCCCGAUUGGCGCGCGCAACGAACAUCUGCACCACCAUCAUCUCAACCAUCACGGGCACCAUCAUCACGAGCGGGUGGACAUGAGCGACCGCAACCGGUACCGUGUGCCGGGCGAGGAUGACAAUCACACGCAUCACAACCAGCAGCGGGUCGUGCCGGGCGGUGGGCCAGAAAACGAGCGCCCAGUGCCGACGUCCGUGCCGAGCGUCGUUCCGAUGGUCCCAGGCAGCGCCACCGUCUCGAUGGCUACGCUGGACAUGCCCGAGGAGCAGCGCGAGCUGGUGAUGGAUGGGGAAAAUCCGGACGAUCGCCGAGAGGAUCCACUGAUCGGGGGGAACGCCGGGCCGACAAUUUCGGGCGCUGGGUCCGCUUCCAGUGCUGCCGGUGGACCGAGCGCUGGCGGUGGUGGUCCCGUUGCAGUGGAGACGGAAUCGAACGUUACAGCCGAUACGUCGCGCAUGGAACCGUCCAACACGUCCACGGCGGACGAAAGCGACAAGGGCGGCUUCUAUGGGGCUGGCAGUGGGCCGAAGGGAACCGGCCGCCGGGAGGAUGACGCAUUGCGUCGGUCGACCAAGAGCAAAAGUUCGCGCGAUCGGUACGACACGGAGGAUUCCGAUUACAGCGAGCACGAGCGUCGUCGGCGCGAGACUAGUGUGGGGGUGGCGGCAGGUGGCGGUGCUGCCGGUCCGGCCGACACCAGCUCCCAUCGGCACGAGCGGUCGCGCCGGGCUGGCGGUGGAGCGGAACGAGAGAAGGACAAACGAAAGGAUAACGGGCGCGACCGGGACCGUGACAGGGAUCGCGAGCGUGACCGGGAUCGUGAUCGCGAUCGUGAUUAUGACUAUCGCGAUCGUGAUCGUGAACGAAACAGAUAUGACCGCGAUCGUGAGCGCUAUGGUCGCAGUAGUAAGUACGAUCGCGAAAGUCGCUACGAAACCGACGGUUCAAAGUACGAAACCGAACGAUCGACCCGGUACGAGAAGGAGGACAAGCGGUACGGCGGUGCCUCGCGCGACGACUACUAUCGUAAGCGGGACGGCGAGCGCGGUGGCGAGGACGGUCGGGGGCCCGGUGGGCGGGACCGCGAUCGGGACACGCUGGAGCGGCGCCAGAGGAAGGAGAAGGAGCGCGCCGAGCGGUACCGGGGCGAUGAGCGAAGGAAAGAUGAUCGCUACCGCGAAGGUGAGAAGCGUCGUGAUCGGCACGAUCGUCGCUACCCGGACCCGGAGGACUACCGUGCGGGAAGCAGAAACGGGACCGACAGGGACCGGGCCCGGGACAGCCGCGAUCGAGACGAUCGCAAGGAGAAGGAUCGCAAGUACAUGGGUGGCGGUGUGGCACCAGGAGCUGCUGUAGGAUCGUCCGCUAGUGGCUACGGUAUGGUGGCCGGGGCUGCUGCCGCCGGAGCUUACGGCCCCGCGAGCGGUUACUACGAUCCGUACAGCUACUACGCUCAGCAUCAGCAGUAUUACGAGCAGCUGCGGCGCACGAACCCGCAAGCGUACGCCGAAUGGUACCGUACGUACUACGCGCAGAUGCAGGCGAGCCAGCUGCAGCGCGACCGGCUAACGACGGACGGGCGCGAAUCGGUCCACUCCGGUCGCAGCUCGGCCAACGACAAGGAACGGUUUAAUCGGACGACACCGUUUAUGCAUCCGCCCGGUGUGUACAGCAACCCGGAGGAGUACCAUCGUCAUUACAAUAAUCAAUCGCUACCGUCGGCCGCCAUCGCCGGCGGUGGUAUGGCCGGGCCGAGCUCGCUGCUCGACCAAACUUAUCUGACCGACGUGUCCGGUCAUCAGCCGACGUCACUGCCCCCGAUGUACCACCAGGCGUACCAGCAAGGGCCACAGUCGCUCCUUCACCACCAGCAGCAGCAGCGGGCAAACACAUCGCUGGCCAUGGACCGCACGUACCAUAGCGAGGCGGGCGGAUACUUUCAACCAAGAAUCGACCAAAUUGAUGCGUCCGCCAUCAAGCAGGACGCUACUGCCGAGCUGUCGAUGAUGGAACCGGAACGCUUGACGCCUCGCAAGUUCCCCGAAAUUCAUCCCAUCGUCAGUGUGUCGGCCGGUUUGCUCAUUUCGACGAAGAACCGACUCACGAUGAACGGAAUGGCGGACACGGUGAAAAUAUACAGUCUAGGUUAUAACGACGCUAGCAGGAAGCUGUUCCAAACCUACCCGGGCCCACUGGUGAAGGGUGUGACGCAUAAAAAGUCUGUCAUCGAGUUCUGCGAGGAGCAACUACGCCACGGCCCACCGUACAGUGGUGCGCUGGCGCUGAUCAAAUCGCGGGGCAACUCGAUCAACAGUCUACACUCGUCAUCGCUUGCCGCCGGCGCCAACCGCAGCUCGUUCGCUUUGCUGUGGAACUACAUCAUACUGUUGCUGAGACAGAAUGGCACGUUCGUCGGUACCGAUAUCUCCGAGCUGCUGAUGCAAAACAAGGAAGAGUAUCCGUUCGAGGCGAUGCAGACCAGCGUGGCCCGGUCGGCCAACAUUAGCGGGCGCAACUCGUCACUGUCGCAGCCCGAGCGGGAGGCCGAUGCGCGCCAGGAUGGCCAGGAAAGCGAGGAAGCGGCGGCCGAUGCUACCGGCGAAGCAGAUGAUGUGGCUAAGGAUACAUCCGCCCAGGACGUGGCACCGAAAGCACUCACCGAGCAAGAGAUUACGGACAAGUUCCGGAACUAUCUGCUGUACGGCAACAUCGGCGAGGCGCUCGAGUGGGCCACCGAGCACAACCUGUGGGGCCACGCACUGUUCCUCGCCUCCAAGGUGGACUCGCGGCAGCACGCGAACGUGAUGAUGAAGUUCGCCAACAAGCUGACGCUGAACGAUCCGCUGCAAACGCUGUACCAGCUGUUGAGCGGGAGAACGCCCGCUUCCGUUACGAGCGUGCUGGACGAAAAGUGGGGCGACUGGCGGCCUCAUCUGGCGAUGCUAAUGUCGAACAGCUCGGCCAAGCCGGAACUGAUCAAGAAGUCGAUCACCACGCUCGGUGACACGCUGCUCAAUCGGGGCGAUCUGUACGCGGCCCACUUUUGCUACCUCCUAUCCGAUGUGGCCUUCGGUCGGUUCGCCGACGUUAAGCCGGAUGCGGCCGGCGGCAGCAACAGCAAUGGGGUCGUGCGGUUAGUGCUGCUCGGUGCCGCUCAUCAGCAUCGCACCUUCCGCGAGCUGUCGACGAACGAGUCGAUCAUGAUGACGGAAAUCUACGAGUAUGCACGCUCGCUGAACGAGGAUCGCUACUCGAUCGCGGAAUUGCAGCGCUAUAAAUAUUUGCUUGCUUGCCGUAUGCUCGAUCAAGGUAUGCAGCUGAAGUGCUUGCUCUACAUGGAGCAGAUAGCCGAGCAAAUACAGUACGAUCCGUACCGAUUUGAUGCUGAUUUUGUAAGAAAGGUGUACACGCUCGGCGAUCGGCUGAAGUAUUACGAUCCAGUCAUGGAGAAGGCGCUGGACGAAUCGGUCGAUAACACGGGACGGGGCAAUAUCUAUGCGAACGUGGAGGAUCCGGAAUGGUUAAAGAGAUUAAAUGAAAUUCUCCUCAAUAGUCCGUCGAAUGCGGUCUCGAAUUUUAGUACCGUUAACGAGCCCCAAACAGGGUACGACUAUAGCAGCUACGGGUAUGGAGCGGAUCAAACACAAGCUGCCGUCGAUCACGAGCAACAGCAACAGUCGCAGCAGCAGGAGUCUGCUUACCCUACCGAGUCGAGCGACAUUAACAAGCAGUUCAAUGAAAUCAAUCAGCAACUCGGUCAGCUGAAUCUGCAGUACAGUGACCAACAGCAGCAGCAACCGCAAGGGCAACAGUAUCAGCCGACGCAGCCCAAUGCCGCACCGUACGAAUUGAAUCCCGCCAUUCCAAGCUACGAUCAGGGGUACGAGUCGAUCAAUCAGCAGUCGCUGAUGGAUCCAACAGUCGAACAAGCGGCCAACCAGAUGCCGGACAGUUACGAACAGCAGCAGCAGCAACAGCAGCAGCAACAGCAGCAAUUCAAUCAGUACAACAGCUACGAUGAGCAUCAGCAGGAUCAGCAGCAACAGCAGCAACAGCAGCUGGGCGGUCCUACGUUUUUCACUCCGGCUCCACCGAACACUGAUGCAAUGCCGACGUCGUACGAUGGAGGAUACUGGGGCGCUGCUGGCAACAGUGAGCUACGAUCGCAGGAACACCCGUGGCAGCAAGAGAAGCAGCAUGCUCCACCGCCUCACCAUCACCAGCAUCAUCAUCAUCGCCAUCACUUCCACGAAGAGGAGGAGGAGGAGGAAGAUGAGGAACAGGAUGUGGACGAAGAGGACGACGAAGAGCAGCAGGAGCGAAGCUCACUAUCGCCCUCGCCAGCAAUCGGACCGAUCGGACCGUCGGAACCGUUGCCCCCGGCUGCCUUUGACUAUCAUCGCGCACCACCACCACACCAGCAACGGGAUGCGUGCGCACCGGCACCGACGAUCUCAAUGCCAAACUCCGUCGCGAAACGGCCCGGAUUCGGCGACGAUACGGACGAUGAACAAAGGGGAGGAGGUGGCAAGGGUGCCGCCCCAAUGCAGGCAGGAAAGCAGCAGCAGCAGCAACAGCAACAGCCCAAUGCAGCAGCUGCACAGGGGAAGAAAGCGUCCGGAUCCGGCGGAAAGGAUGGAAAGGGAGCGGCCGGUGCAGCUGGUGGUCAAGGAUCCGGAUGGUUCGGUGGAAUCUGGAACAAGUUUUCGCUGAAACCGAAAAACCAGAUGAUACUGCCCGAUGAUAAGAAUCCAAAGAUUGUUUGGGAUGAAGUGUCGAAGCGUUGGGUCAAUACGGACGAGGGUGAGGCAGCAACGGAAGCGUACAAGCCACCGCCUAAGAUGUCGGAUCUUGCCCCUGCUGGUCCUCCGGCACCCGUCCCAUCCGGUGGUGGUCCCGCACCGAUGGGAGGACCAUCGGUACCGCUUAUGCAAUCCGGUCCCCAGGAGACGGGUCCAGCAUUUCAGCAGCAACCAAUGGGCAAUGUGAUGAGUCAGCCCGCCGAUAGUCGCCCUGCCCAACCAAUCGGAAGCGGUAAUGCUGGCGGUGCAAUGCAAUCGAAUGUUCCGAACGCUGUCACCGGUGGUGUUGGUGGUGGUCCGGUGGCAGGCCAACCAACUAAAGUUCCCAUGCUGCAGUCAAACAUGUACAAAAUGCAACGGAAUCGAACACUGAAACGAUCGUACGUCGACGUGUUCAAUCCAUCCGGAGCGGCACCGAGCAAACCGACGGAACCCGUGCUAGCGCCGGCCGUCCCAACGUUGCCUAAUGCUCCGGGAGGCUUCUUCGUGCCUGGAGGUGCUCCCAGCGCUGGCGGAGGCGCAGAACAGCAACCGGAUGGUGUACCGGAGGGAAUGCCACAGUUUUACAACCCCAAUCAGUUCGGUUCGGGUGGACCCGGUGGUUACCAACAGUAGCGACCCUAUCUACAACAAAAUGACCGGACGCAACUCAGGAAGAUGAAACUGGCCGCUCCAACACAGUAAAUAUGUGCUGCUCCCCCCUGUUGCGUAACUGCUGGAGGACGGGGGACAGAUCUUCCCAAUUUAUUAAUUACCGUUCGCGUCCGCGCACCCGCCGGUUUGUGGACGAGGUUUGCUAAACACGGAAAAAGUAUCACAGUCAAACAUUCAAAAACCACACAGUUAAAACGUUAAAGUAGUGUGCAUCCCCUCUUGGUUUUCGUUUUUACCCCUGAUUUGUUUCGUUUGUGUUGAUUUUUUUUUUAUGUGUAUGUUCAAUGUGUUAUCGCGUUACAAAAAAAGGCUUUCCCCUUUGAAUUUGUGUAUUUGUGCGGCCCAUUCCGCGUUGCUUAGUUUUUCCCCCUUUAUUUUAAGUGUACGCACGUGGCUGGAAGAUGGUCCGUGUUGGAAAGUUGCAACAACAAAAAU